GAAUAUACUAGAGAAAGAUUUACCAAAAUGUUUUUGAAAAAAAGAAAUAACAGAAGCAUGCUGUGCUGGAUUACACACAGUGAUUUUCAGCUACUACUUCUUGAGCCUCCCGCCAUUGCUGCCCUGUCCACAGUGUCUUUUCAUUCUCAUCACUCUGCAAACCAUCACCCAUAACCAGUCUCUUCAUCUCCUUUGUUCCCUCUCAUUCUCAUUCCCUCUCUCUCUGUUUUCAUCUCCAUUCUCUUUUUUUUUAAAACUGAAACAAAAAAAAAGAACCGAACUUUAAGCCAUGAACAACACCUACGGCAAACAAAAGCUUGUAGUGGAAGUGGUCGGAGCUCACAACCUCAUGCCAAAAGACGGCGAAGGGUCAUCUUCUCCGUUUGUGGAAGUUGAGUUCGAGAAUCAAAGGUUAAGAACACAAGUGAAAUACAAAGACUUAAACCCCAUUUGGAAUGAGAAGCUGGUUUUUCAUGUUAAUGAUGUUAAUGAUCUUCCGUACAGAACUAUAGAAGUUAAUGUCUUUAACGAGAGAAGAUCGAGUAACAGUAGAAAUUUUCUGGGUAAAGUUCGAGUUUCUGGUUCGAGUAUUGGUUGUAAAGAAGGUGAAGAGGUUGUUCAGCUUCAUACACUUGAUAAAAGAAGUCUCUUUUCUCAUGUUAGAGGUGAAAUUAGCUUAAAGCUUUACGUUUCGAGUAGUGAAGAAGAAGAAGAUGUUGUUGUUAAUAAAGUUGUCUCCAAUGGGUUUUCUAAGAAGAACAAGAAAAUGCAGCUGGGACAGAAUCAGAACUCGUUAAUGGCGACUCAGCAGAGAAAUCUUGUACAAGAAACUAAGCCAACUCAACAACUGGGUCAGAAGCAUUUGGAUCCCAAUAUGGGUGAGAUGAAGCCUGUUGUUAUAACAACUGGUCCUUCUCCACCUCCUGUCAUGGCCGGCGCCGGCGCCGGUGCUGGAACGGGUGGGAUGAGUUUGUACUCAAAUGGGUCGAAUGAGUUUUCUUUGAAAGAGACUCGGCCUCAACUCGGUGGUGAAUCGCUUCAGAAAGACAAAACUAGCUCAACCUAUGACUUGGUCGAACAAGUUCAGUAUCUUUAUGUUAGAGUUGUGAAAGCUAGGGAGAUUUCCAUGUUUGGUGGAGCUGAUUUGGUGGCUGAAGUUAAGCUUGGAAAUUACAGAGGAAUUGCUAAGAGAAUAAGCUCUUCUAACAAUGUUGAAUGGAAUCAAGUCUUUGCCUUUUCGAAAGAUUGUGUUCAGUCAUCAAUGGCUGAGAUUUUUGUUAAGGAGAGUAAUAAAGAUGAGUUCUUGGGUCGUGUUUGGUUCGAUUUAAACGAGGUUCCUAAAAGGGUUCCUCCUGAUAGUCAGUUAGCUCCACAGUGGUAUAGAAUGGAGGAUAAGAAAGGUGAUAAGAGCAAAGCUGGUGAAGUUAUGGUAUCCAUUUGGUUUGGUACUCAAGCUGAUGAGGCUUUUGCAGAAGCUUGGCAUUCAAAGUCUGCAAAUGUUAAUUUUGAUGGGCUUUGUUCGAUUAAGUCAAAGGUUUACUUGUCUCCAAAGCUUUGGUAUUUAAGGGUUUCAAUUCUUGAAGCUCAAGACAUUCUUCCUGGUGAUAAAGGUUCGAGCUUGAUGAGGUUUCCCGAGCUUUAUGUGAAAAUACAAGUGGGAAAUCAAGUUUUGAGGACAAGGGUUGCUCAGCCUAGUCCAACUCGAAGCCUUUCUAAUCCUUAUUGGUGUGAAGAGAUGAUGUUUGUUGUUGCUGAGCCUUUUGAAGACUACAUUUUCAUUUCGGUUGAGGAUCGGGUGGGUCCCGGGAGAGAAGAGGUUGUUGGAAGAGCCAUUCUUCCUUUGAUGGCAAUCGAAAAACGAAACAAUGAGAAGCCUGUUGUGUCAAGGUGGUUUAACCUCGACAAUGGGCAUUUCAACAGCUCUUCUGAGGCGAAAAUGGUGUCUAGAUUCGGGUCUAGAAUCCAUCUUCGGGUUUCGCUUGAUGGAGGUUACCAUGUUCUUGAUGAAGCUACUAUUUACUGCAGUGAUGUUAGACCAACUGAGAAGAAUCUAUGGAAGCCUCACAUUGGAGUACUCGAAAUGGGGAUUUUGGGCGCCACGGGGCUUAUGCCGGUUAAGCUCAAAGAAGGGAAAGGUGGCUCUACUGAUGCUUAUUGUGUUGCUAAGUAUGGUCAGAAAUGGGUUAGGACUAGAACUGUGGUUGAUAGUUUAUCACCCAAGUGGAAUGAGCAGUAUACUUGGGAGGUUUUUGAUCCUUGCACUGUGAUCACAAUUGGGGUUUUUGACAAUGCCAAAAUUGACAAGAACAUGUCUAACAACCCUAGUGUUCGGGAUUCACGAAUUGGGAAAGUUAGGAUUCGAUUGUCAACACUUGAGACUGAUAGAGUUUACACUCAUUCUUACCCUCUUUUGAUGCUCCACACUAAUGGGGUUAAGAAAAUGGGAGAAGUUCAUUUGGCUGUGAGAUUCUCUUGUACUAAUAUGACUAAUAUGUUGAAUUUGUACACAUUGCCUUUGUUGCCUAAGAUGCAUUAUGUGAAUCCUUUGAGUGUGAAUCAGUUGGAGAGUUUAAGGUACCAAGCUUUGAAUGUAGUGGCGUCGCGGUUGAGCAGGGCCGAGCCACCACUUGGCCGGGAAGUGGUUGAAUACAUGCUUGAUCAUGAUUCUCACAUGUGGAGCAUGAGGAGAAGCAAAGCCAACUUCUUUCGCCUAAUGAAUGUCGUGUCUGGACUCGUAGACAUGGCUCGUGGGGCCGAGGCAAUGAGGAAUUGGCAAAAGCCUGUGUAUUCAGCUCUCUUUGUUGCUGUGUUUCUCAUGUUGGUGACAUUUCCAGAGCUUAUUAUCCCAACUGUGUUAUUCUACAUGGCCUUUAUUGGCCUGUGGAGGUAUCGGUCAAGGCCACGCCACCCUCCUCAUAUGGACAUUCGUUUGUCUCAUGCUGAGAGUGUUUACCCCGAUGAACUCGAUGAAGAGUUUGAUUCUUUCCCAACUAGCCGAAGUGCUGAUCUUGUUAGGAUGAGGUAUGAUAGGUUGAGGAGUGUGGCGGGAAGGAUUCAAACCGUCGUUGGAGACAUGGCUUCACAAGGCGAACGCUUCCAAGCGCUGAUCAGCUGGAGAGACCCGAGGGCGAGCUUCUUGUUUGUGAUCUUUUGCUUGAUUGCAGCUGUUGGUCUGUAUGCUGUGCCAAUCAGAGUUGUGGUUGCUUUGUGGGGUUUGUAUGUGCUUAGGCCGCCGAGGUUCAGGAGCAAGCUGCCUUCUCGCGCUUUGAGUUUCUUCAGAAGAUUGCCAUCAAGGGCAGAUAGCUUGUUGUAGAAAUCUUGUUUUGGGGUGUUUUAGAUUUGGUGAAAGGAUAUGAUUAGAUUAAGGAAAGGGAAAGACUUUUGGUUCUGUUUUGGUAUCAUUUCCCUAUUGUCUUAGUGUUUAUUUAUUAGUAACUAGUAACCAUAUUGUGUAUCCAUCCAUCUAGCUAAUACCAUUAUUGUUAUUAUUAA